GUGAAAUUAUUCUGUAAGCAAUACAUAGUUAUUAGGCAAAUAGUAUUGGGGAUUCAGAUGACUAAAGAUGGAGAAAAAACGAUUUUAGGAAGAAUAGAAAUGUGACAUUAACUUCUCUCUUUUUAUGUUUUAUAUUAAAUAGCAUGUGAUUCUUUUAUAUUGAUUAAAAUAAGGCCAGUAUUAGUUAAUAAAACAUAGUUAAAUAAAUAAAAUGUUUAAUAAUAUCGCUGAUUCAAGAACAAGUAAAGGACUGGAUUUAAUUUUAAAAAGACCGGCGGAUGUUUCGGAGAUUUGCACAAAACAUACUUAAUGGUGUACAUGGAUGAGGGGGGGCGCGCUGGGCGCCGCGACGGUGCCGCUUUGCCGAAUUCAAUAAAGGCAUGCGAAGCGCCCAUCCAGUUGGAACCAGUAGACCUAAGUUUGAAGAGACGCUCGCCGACACCACGGCGUCGUUCAAGACAUCUCGGUAGUAGUUAUCCAACGUCAUCGAAACUGAUAAAAAUCGAAGAACCCACGUCAACUCAACUACCGUUCGACUCCAAACUUGAUGAGCCAAGGAUCAAGCUCGGUCCAGACCUUCGCAGUGCGAGGAAAAUGAAGAAUGUCAGUAGGUUAAAACAACCUUCGAACCAUCACACUCCGCAAACAUCAAUCGAUCUGUCAAAUUUAUUCCCGCCGAUUCUGCCGUUCGCAAUUCCGAAUCAAUUGAAACCGAACGCACCGGACAUGGAAAUUAAGAACUUUUUACUGAACACAGCCUUGCAGAACGCUCUGAACGACUCGCUGAGUGAAUUGUCUCAGAAGAAAUUCACCACGGAUAAAAUUACAACGGAAAAAAGGGGUACAGAUAAGAAAGACAAAGAGUGCGAGGCUCAGAGUCGAAGGAGGUUGCACAAGUGCGAUGUGGCCGGAUGUCAUAAGGUUUAUACGAAAAGUUCACAUUUGAAAGCUCAUAAACGUACACACACAGGUGAAAAACCAUAUAGUUGCGGCUGGGCUGGUUGCGGUUGGAGAUUUGCGAGAUCGGACGAACUGACAAGACACACGCGCAAGCACACCGGACACAGGCCCUUCUCAUGCCCCCUGUGCCGGAGGGCCUUCGCGCGAUCCGACCACCUCGGACUACACAUGAGACGACAUUAGUGUAUGUUUUAUAAAUAAUUAAACGCGAACCAUUCACGGUAAAUUAUAUUAUGCAUCAGAAUCGUUUCACUAAAGCGUUACACAAACGUUGCACGUUCGAUUAAUUUUCGUAACAAAAAAGAAUCACUUCAAAUAUGAAUAGCGCGCAUGAGAUUUAAGUGAAAUUUCUUUGUAUCAAUUUCAUGUUUCACGCAUGCGCGAGCGCUUUCCUUAUUUGGUCCAAUUGUGUGUGCUGAUACUUUUUCUUAAGAUAGCUUAAAAUACAGUAACGUUCAUAAAAUGCUUAAUACGUAUAUAGGUACAAAGGGCCUAACCCUAGGGGAGAAGAAUUUGUGUUCGGCAAAUUUGGGGGCCAUUUUUUGAAGCUUAGUAAACGCAAUAACAAUGAUUGAAUUACAUUUAUCUAAUGUACAUUUUGAUAAAAUCGUUGAGUUAUAAAAUAAUCUAAAAAAUUACAAAUAGUUCAUAAUCGUACUAAUUACAUGAAAGAGUCAGUGUAAUUAGGACGUUAGUGCUCCAAUCAAAAG